ACUCUUCUCAAGCUGAAGGCCAGGUGGGGUGGGGGACAGGCAACUUGAGGGCCCAAGGCUGGUGGUGGGCAUCAGGGGGCACUGGACACAGGCCUUGCAGGAGCAAGGGGCAGGAUUCACACCUGGACUUUGGUGGGCCCCAAGUUGGAAGUUCCCAGCUUCCAACCGGGGGCACCGGUACCUGAGGGAAUGCUCAGGUUAUUAUGGAAAUGCAGUCCCCAGCUCUGGCCUGAGGCUGUUGCUUUUAGGAAGCCUCAGAGAGAGACAGCUGGGAGGUGGUGGCCCCGGAGAAGGCCUCCACACUCAGGGGGCCCUGCCUCACCUUUCACAUCUCAGCAAAAGGGGAUAUCUUGUGUCCAAACACCAAUCUAGUGGGGUGGUGGUGGUGGGGUGAUGUCACAGAGACCCUGAGGCUGCUGCCACUGGGAUAAGGGUGGGAGGGGGGACAAAAACAGGCCCCCGCCUCCAGGGACAGCACAGUAGCAGGGUGGGGGUAGCGGGGAGCCAGGCCCAGGAGGGUGGGAGUCUCAGCUUGAAUGUGCCUUGGGCCUAGAGGCUGAGGCAGUGUGAGAGAGGGAGGUGCCCAGCGAGGCCCCUCCCCUGUAAACAGGCCCCCUCUCUGCCUGCUCCUGUGGCAUUCCUAAUUGUUGAUGAUUGACUCACCCUCACUUCAAAGGCUUGGGCCAAGUUCAGCUAUUUAACCUGCUGCACCCCACAUCACUCUGGAAUUCUGCUCUGCGGGGAGCUGGUGCCCCACCUGCGGACCUGCUCCUCACCUGGGCAGGUGCCUCCUCCCGGCUUCGGCUUCGGCACAGCCCCUCCAGGGCUAUGUCCUCUGCCCUGGCCCCAGCCAUGGUCGUGCAGGUGCCCCUGUGGCACCACUACCUGCAGGCCAUCCGCUCGCGGGAGGCCUCCCGAGCGCAGGACUACCAGCGUGCAGAGAACGUGCUACUCACCGUGCUGGAGCGCGUGCAUGCCCAGGACCCCCGCUUCCUUGUGGAUUACUCCCGAGACCUGGAGGCCUUGCAGUUUGCCCUGCGCUCCUCGGACAGCCCAGUGGACAUGGAGGUGCCUCUGAGGGUGGACGCUGAAGCCCUCCUGAGUGAGGAGCCAGGGUCCGGUGAGAUGGGCGAUGGCCCCGUGACCUGCCGCCUGGGUGUCCCUAGAGAAGGGGCCGGCUUGGAGCAGUGGGUGACUGACGACGUCUUCACUGCCUCCUUGAACAGCAGCGCCAAGUGCUGCGGCCACAUUGUGCCCGGCAAGGUCCUGCACGUCCUCAAGGACCUUCUCGUGGCUGCCAUCGUGCACUGCAAGCACCAUGGCCUCAUCACGCCAGGUUCUCUGAAGGCGGACAGCCUGUGGGAGGAGGCGCUUCACCUGUCGCUGCUGGUGUCCAGUGGCUGGAGGACAAUCCGCUUCAACGUGGUGCCCGUGGUGCGGUGGAAGCACAGGGUGCCUGUCCUGGAGGGGGCCCAGCGGGCGCCCGGGUUCCCUGAAGGCAGCUUGAAAAGGAUCAUCAGCCAAGAGGUGGCCCUGGUGCCCGCCAACGCCCAGCUCUGGAGGCUGUGCUGCUCUGGGCCUCGGUGCUCUUCCCGGCGCCCGAGGACUGGGCGGAGCUGCAGGGCGCUGUGUACCGCCUGCUCGUCGUGCUGCUGUGCUGCUUGGCCACCAGGAACCUGCCCCACUUCCUCCACCCCGAGCACAACCUGCUGCAGGACACCAGCCUGGACCUCAAUGCCCUCUACCAGCGCGUGGAGCACUUCGCCAGCCAGCCUGAGGCGUCCCUGCGCAUCCACGUCACCCACCUGGGCCGCAGCCCCCCGCCGCGCAUCGGCCACGGGGUCAAGGCGCUCCUGCAGCUGCCUGCCAGCGACCCCACCUACUGGGCCACUGCCUACUUUGAUGUCCUGCUGGACAAGUUCCAGGUCUUCCACAUCCAGGAUAAGGACCGGAUCUCGGCCAUGCAGAGCAUAUUCCGGAAGACCAAGACCCUGGGCGGCGAGGACAGCUGAGUGGGUGCCUGGGCUCUGCUGCUGCUGCACUGCCCCACGGAGGCUCCUGGGACGCGGGCAGAGGCCUUCACCUUGAGGCGGGUGGUGGGUCUUGGAGGGACUUUGUCCGGGGGGGGUGGCCUCAUGGGAGUCUAAGAGUGCAGGACAGUGGGCCCCUGGGAGCAGCUGCCUCGUCUCCAGGGGUGAGGGGCGUGUGCUUCUUGUGUCCUUCCACCUGCGUGGUGCCAUCAAGACUCAGAAAACUCAGUGUCUGGACCUGAGGACUCGUCCCGUCUGAGUCAAAUGCCACUCUGAGGUGAAAUACUACGUGUCUGAUCUGGAAUAAAUUAAUGCAGUCCCAGGGAA